CGUGACGGGUCCCUUACCCUUACCUUAGAUACAAAUCUUUUGUAUUAGGUAAGCUGAUUUACAUGCUGUAGGUACCUAUGCGCACGUGCUGGAGUGUUAAAUUAACGCUAACAUGAGAAGUAUCGUUAUAAACUUCGCAUCUUAAAUCAAAAAUCUGAGUUGACAUAAAACCAGUUUAACAAUUAUUCAAGCUUGAUGAUACAUCUGUACCUACCUAAUGAAGAUGAUAAAGGGCAAUACGAAUUCCACGUCGUCCGAGCAUCUAAAGUUAGCAGAUCUUUGACUGUUCGAUACGCCUACGCUUAUCCCCACUACAGAUCGGAAACUAUCAUCCAAUGAAGAUGGUUUCGUUGAGCGAUCGGCUUGGCAUGUAACCUUUCUUGGCUAUAAAUACGAAACGGUGCCGAUGAAACGAUUAUGCACCCGCUAAAAUGCUCGUGUUGGUUAUGAUAAAUCAAAAGUCUGGCCUGGAAACAUAAUAACUACCUAGCUACGGUCUUGAACUUUUCAACUUAAACUCCACUAACAUUCGUUUAAAAUGAUAAAUCAUGUAUGGAGGUACUGGCUACCCGCCUGUCUGGCUAUCGCUGGAGUAUUCGCUUCAUCAAAUACGCCGCGUGCGACUUGGCCGAACGGACCGUUCGUUACUUCGGGCCGGUGGAUCCAUGAUGCCGCCGGCUCAACCAUCACCUAUGUUGGCGUCAACUGGCCGGGAUCGCUCGACACCAUGAUCCCGGAAGGUCUACAAUACCAGUCCGUUGCAUCAGUCAUCUCCCGGGUCAAGAGUCUAGGCAUGAACACCAUCCGGCUCACAUAUGCCACUGAGAUGAUAGAUCAAUAUUAUGAUAAUGGGGAGACCGAUGUAACAAUUCAGAAAGCCCUCACCGAUGCUUUGGGACAAGAUGGUGGAAAGGCAGUGUACGAUAAGAUCAUUGCCAAUAACCCGCCUUUUAAUGCAAAUACGACGCGGUUACAGGUUUAUGACGCUAUUGCGGCUGAGUGUGCGAAACAAGAGAUCUAUGUCCAUUUAGAUAACCAUAUUUCAAAAGCUGGCUGGUGUUGCAGCCCCCUUGAUGGGAAUUCCUGGUGGGGCGACGAAUUCUUUAACAUUGAAAACUGGACCCGAGGCCUAUCUUUCAUGGCAACUCAUGGGAAAACAUGGCCAAGCCUUACGUCCAUGUCUCUGCGAAAUGAGCUUCGCAUACCCCUAAAUAACCUCACACUUGCUAGCACUUCCUACAGCUGGGAACGCUGGUAUACUUACAUCAAACAGGGAUCGAGUGCUAUUCAUAAAGCCAAUGAAGACGUCCUGAUUUUCCUCUCGGGUCUAGAUUCAGAUCUAGAUUUAAGCCCCGUAGUUAACGGAACAGCACUUACGCCCGGAUCGGCUACGUUUAAUAAAGACGAUUUCUCAGGUUUCGCGAAUAAACUGGUUCUCGAACUACACGCAUACGACAACAUUCUCGGACCUGGGCCUAGCAACUGUACUGCGGUCCAAGUUAAAUUAUUUAAUGCCGGAUUCAAGGCCUUGACAGACGAAGCUGAGAACCAAUUCCCAGUUGUCCUAACGGAGUUCGGCCUCGUGCAGAACGGCACAUCGGCGCAAGACCCAUACAUCUCGUGUCUCCUGGAUUACGUACCUUCAGCGAAUGCCGGUUGGAUGAUUUGGGAAAUAGGGGGAAGUUAUUACAUCCGCGAAGGAAAUCAGGAUCACGAUGAAAGCUGGGGCUUAUUGACACACGACUGGUCUGAUUGGAGGUCUUCGGAUUUUGCCAAUAACUCCCUAGCACCUGCAGCGAAACGAACAUUCACAAUCGACCCGAACUCAGCAAGCAAUAUUUCUCCUGGCACAGCCAACGAUGAUAAAUCCCAGGGGGCGAGUAUGGCAGCCAUGCGCGCUUCAGCUUUCUUCGGUUUACUAUUAUCACUCGUCGCAAUACUAGUGGGGUUUGAAUCUGUCUUUUAAUAUAAUGCUAGAUGAGCAUGGGCUUCAGCAACUAGACCUUAAUAAGAGCUGAAUUAUGAAUAGCA